GUUGUCCAGGAAGUCGAGCUGUCAUUCCAAUUUCUGGAUGUGUCCUUGUUAGCUAGUAGGCUAGCCGAUAUGUACUAUCUGUAAACAUGAUAUGAGGUGUGCCUAAGAGCAAAUUUAUAACACAGUUCAAUUUACCCCUUGUUGGUAAUAGCGCUAUGCUACGAGUUGGAGGCACAGUGGCCUGUAGCAUGGCCUGCAGGAACCUGGUGUCCCCCAACAUGGCGUUGAGGUUCAGGAUGCCGUUGCAGAAACUGCACCCGCUGUCCCGUGCCAUUCACCACCGGUACAAUGCCAGUGCCAACCCGCCGCGCCCCCCGCACCGAUCAGCAGCUCGUCACUUCACCUCUAUGUCCCGGCUGCCCAUGCGACCCCCCAAACCUCCACCUAGAGGCCAUGGGGGCUGGCGCUACCAGCAGCACCGCAACUUCUGGAUGCUACGCUUGGCCUCAAGGCUGCUCAAGCUCCGCUACAUUUUGUUGGGAUCGGCGGUUGGAGGCGGAUACACUGCAAAAAAGACCUACGACGAGUGGAAGGAUAUGCUCCCUGAUAUGAGUGAAUACAAUUGGGUGAUACCUGAUUUUGUCUGGGAGAUGAGUGAACAGAUUGACCUAGACAAACUUACCAAAAUGCUGCCAGAGUUAGAGGAGAUAGCCAAGCUGCUGCCUGAAUUCCCCGACUUUGAUAAAAUUGGAGAGAACUUCACCUUCCUCAAGAGUAUUCUGUCCACCGGUGUGAGUGUGGUUAGUGAAGAAGCUUCUGGUCUGCGUCUGUUGUUAGCAGACGCCCCAGGAGAUCCUACAGUCAAAUCAGCCACAGAAACCCCAGUAUCGUCCACACCAGAGGCCAGCGACAAGCACUUCAAGAAGGGUCUGCUCGGCGAGCUCAUUCUCAUUCAGCAGCAGAUUCAGCAGGCAGAGGAGGAGGUCCGGCGGGCCGCCGCAGCAAAUAACUUGCGGCCAAGCCCAGAGCCCGCCCCCAGCCACACCCCGCCUCCACCGCCACCUGUGAGCCCGCCCCGGCCUCAGAUCCCUGUGCCAAAGCCAGCCACCACCCCGAACCCCGGUCCCAGCCCCCCUCUGCAAAAACGCAAGUCAUCAGACAAGGAGAAGGUGGACCAGCUUCAAGAGGAACUGCUCCGAACACAGAUGAAGUACCAGCGUAUGCUGGAGAGACUGGAGAAAGAGAACAAAGAUUUGAGGAAAGUGGUGCUGCAGAAGGACGAGAAAGGCAUCCACCAGAGGAAAGUCAAGGUUAGUAAGUCUCUAAUUGAUAUGUACUCUGAGGUCCUGGACAUCCUCUCGGACUUUGACUCCAACUACAACACCCAGGACCAUCUGCCCAGGGUGGUGGUGGUGGGGGACCAGAGUGCCGGGAAGACGAGUGUGUUGGAGAUGAUCGCCCAGGCUAGGAUCUUCCCCCGGGGAUCUGGAGAAAUGAUGACCCGAUCUCCUGUCAAGGUGACACUAAGCGAGGGGCCGCAUCAUGUGGCCAUGUUCAAGGACAGCAGCCGUGAGUUUGACCUGGGCAAAGAGGAGGACCUGGCCGCCCUGAGGCAUGAGAUAGAGCUGAGGAUGAGGAAGAGUGUGAAGGAGGGCCAGACGGUCAGUCCUGAGACGAUCUCCCUGAAUGUCAAAGGCCCGGGCAUACAGAGGAUGGUGCUAGUGGAUCUACCGGGAGUCAUAAGUACCGUAACAGCAGGCAUGGCGUCUGACACCAAGGAGACCAUCUUCAGCAUCAGCAAGAACUACAUGCAGAACCCCAACGCCAUCAUCCUCUGCAUCCAGGAUGGGUCAGUGGAUGCCGAGCGCAGUAUUGUGACAGACCUGGUGAGUCAGAUGGACCCCCAGGGAAAGAGGACCAUCUUUGUCCUGACUAAAGUGGACCUGGCAGAGAAGAACCUUGCCAGUCCAAACCGGAUUCAACAGAUUGUUGAAGGAAAGCUGUUUCCCAUGAAGGCACUGGGCUACUUUGCUGUCGUGACAGGGAAAGGCAGUGCUGGGGAGAGCAUCGAUUCAAUCAAGGAUUACGAAGAGGACUUCUUCCAGAACUCCAGACUGCUCAGAGACGGCAUGCUGAAAGCCCACCAGGUCACCACCAAGAACUUGAGCCUGGCUGUGUCCGACUGCUUUUGGAAGAUGGUCCGGGAGUCCGUGGAGCAACAGGCCGAUGCCUUCAAAGCGUCACGUUUUAACCUGGAGACAGAGUGGAAGAACAACUACCCUCGUCUCCGAGAGCUGGACAGGAAUGAACUCUUUGAAAAAGCCAAGAACGAAAUCUUGGAUGAAGUCAUUAGCUUGAGCCAAGUGACACCAAAACACUGGGAGGCCAUCCUGCUGAAGAAGCUGUGGGAACGAGUGUCCACCCAUGUCAUUGAGAACAUCUACCUGCCUGCCGCACAGACCAUGAACUCUGGUACCUUCAACACCACCGUGGACAUCAAGCUCAAACAGUGGACCGACAAGCAGCUGCCCCACAAAGCCCUAGAGGUGGCCUGGGAGACACUCCAGGAGGAAUUUGCUCGUUUCAUGGCCGAGUACAAGGGGAAGGACCAGGACGACAUUUUUGAUAAGCUCAAGGAGGCGGUGAAGGACGAAAGCAUCAAGAGACACAAGUGGAACGAGAGGUCCAUGGACAGCCUGAGAGUGAUCCAGCACAAUGCUCUGGAGGACCGUUCCAUCACAGACAAGCCCCAGUGGGAUGCUGCCAUCGAGUUCAUGGAGGAAACCCUGCAUGCGCGCCUCAAAGACACGGACUGUGUGAUCAACGACAUGGUCGGUCCCGACUGGAAGCAGCGCUGGCUGAGCUGGAAGAACCGAUCGCCCGAACAGCACAUCCGCAACGAAACCAAAAACGAGCUGGAGCGCCUGCUGAAGCUCCAUGAGGACCACACGGCGUACCUGGCCAACGACGAGGUCACCACCGUGCGCAAGAACCUGGAGGGCCGAGGGGUGGAGGUGGACCCUGUCCUGAUCAAGGACACAUGGCACCAGCUGUACAGAAGACACUUCCUGCAGAAGGCUCUUCAACACUGUAACCUCUGCAGACGAGGCUUCUACUACUACCAGAGGCAUUUCGUUGACUCUGAGCUGGAGUGUAAUGAUGUGGUGCUGUUCUGGAGGAUCCAGAGGAUGUUGCUCAUUACCGCCAACACUCUCAGACAGCAGCUCACCAACACUGAGGUGCGGCGCCUGGAGAAGAACGUGAAGGAGGUUCUAGAAGACUUUGGUGAGGACACUGAGAAGAAGGCCCAUCUCAUCACUGGACGCAGAGUACAGCUGGCUGAAGACCUCAAGAAAGUCCGUGAGAUUCAGGAGAAACUUGAAGUGUUCAUAGAAGCUCUUCACAAGGAAAAGUAGAACAUGAGGCACAAACCAUUGGAAGCAAACCGGCGGACUGCAAAAGCAAUGCUCUGAUCUAAGAAGUCUAAUUUGCCCCUCUGUUAAAGACUGCCCCCCCCCCCCCCCCCCCCCAUCUGAUUUUAACGUCCACGGCUUGGCUUGGCUUGGCCCUUCACACCACACGGACCGGAAGGCAGCCCGUAGCACCCCCCCUUUCACUUUCAAACACAGAGAGAAGAGGAAGGAUCCUUUGAACUGAGCCAGGUCAAUGUGGCAGGGGGCACCUCCUGACCUCUGAGUGGCCCUCCUCCACGCCUCCUGUUUCCAGUCCAGACACAGGAGUUCAGCAUCCUUCGGCUUCCCUUUAUUGACGAAGAAGAGGGUCUGAAAAAAGAGCGAGCUUCAAGUUGUGUGCUCCCCCCCCCCCCAUAUAAUUUCUAAUAAAUGAAGGAGUUGUACAGCUUUGGACUUUCACUCCCAGCUUCCUUUCUAUUGACUGAAGAUGAAUUGGCUUGAUCACCUGUCAUAGGUGGGCGGUUUCCUGGGUGGGCGUGGUUAAAGGUCCUGAUCGUGGUUGGGGGUGUGUUGACUCUGUGUUAGUCCAAUGUGUAAGGAUGAUGGAAAUGAACCCCCCCACCCAUCGCUGCCUACCUUUCCCCUUAGGGCCUGUAGGACCUAGCCCGGGGGAUAGCCCUGUUCUGUCUGCAGGGGGAUAGCCCUGUUCUGUCUGCAGGGGGAUAGCCCUGUUCUGUCUGCAGGGGGAUAGCCCUGUUCUGUCUGCAGGGGGAUAGCCCUGUUCUGUCUGCAGGAGAAUGGCUGCCUCGUCAGUCUAGAUGUGUAGACAUCAUUACUACCCAACAGCGUUUACCUCCAUCCUUCCUGGACUCUCCUCUGUUCUCAGGAGAUCAUGUUCCACAAACUAGGUGUAAAAAUAAUGUCAUUUAUUUCUAAAUUAGUAGAUGCAGGUUUGAUUUUGGGGGUUAAUGGAAAUGGAUUCACUCUUUUUCUUCUGUCUGUGAGCGCACGCACAGCCACACUUCAUUUUGUAUGUUGCUUUUGUGUGUUUACCUCAGCCUGUGCUUGAGUGCAUUCAUUUCACAGUGGUACAGCGCCAUCUCUUCUGCCUUGGAAUUGGUCUCCAUUGGACUAGAAUCAGGUCUGAACUGCGGUGGAUGGAAGCUCAUUGUCCAGUCAUGUCUGGGUUGAGAUGCCGGGGGUCCAGCCGUGUCGAUACGUGGUUAAAGAGCCCUGGGUUCUUCACAGCGGACACAUUCUCCUCCCCAUUCACACGAGUUCUGGUUCUGGUUGUCGAGGCUCGUCUGUCUAAAUCCAGGGCACACUGUCUUGUAGCUCACUGUCCCUUGCUUCGUUUCUUUCGGUCCACCCCUUUCUCUUUCCAUCCCUCGCUCGCUCCACUACAUCAUUGCUCUUUCCAGAGAGAAAGGGAUGGAAAGAAAGAGAGAGAGGUAGCUCUUUCCCACCCCUUUGUUCGUUCAUCAAUUCUAGUGUCUUUCUCUCUCUCCCUCUGAAGUGUUGGUCAUGAGUAGAUUGACCGGGGGAAUAUCUCAAUGGCUUAACCCUGGACAUUCAUAUGUGUAUAUGGGGGUAUAUAUAUGUAAUAUAUAUAUAUCGUACGUUGUGUAAAUGUGAAGUUAAUAGAAGCCCUGGUUGUGUUGGCUCUCCCUGUCAUUGGGUUUAGACGUUGUAAAACGUAGUUUGCAUGAUGCCCUCCUGCACCCUCAGAUGUGGUUUAUUUAUUACAAUUUCACUGUUUAAGGAGAAAAGAAAGUUGAAAUAAAACGGACAUUAUUAAAAAACAUUGGUUUCCGUGAA